AUGGGAAAGACCGAAAUCUUGCUAUCUGAGCUGCUUUAUCUUUUUGCCGUAACCUUGUUUCGACCAUUGUUUCGUUUGAAUGUGAAUUUGCAAUUCUCGCUCUCUUACCAGCCGUUGGUUGGCCAGUUUCUUGUGCAGAUUCACCAUCCCACGAAUUUGCCAUUCUCGCUCUUUUACCAGCUCUACGUUGCUCCGAUUCUCGUGCAGAUUCAUUAUCCCUUAAAUUCUUCAUUCGCAUUGCAUCAGCAGAUUUAUCUGCCCGUCACACUGCCAUUCUUUCUGUAUUUUCUCUCAUUCGCUGUUGAAUCGUUUGUGGCGAUCCGCCGAUCUCUGCAUUUUCUAUUCUUCGUUGCAUCGCUGACGACCUUGGGGUUGGGGAGACGCUCGCGCAGUCGUGUACUGGCAGCGUCUCUCGGGUCGUGGUCUUUGUCGCCACGCGUUUACAAUCUCCGGGUCAACCGAUUCUCUGCCGCUGAUGCUCGUCGUCUUCGCUCUUUUCUCUAUCCAUUCCUGUUUCGCUACUCGAUCGUAGUUCGCUACGGGUUUCCGCUUGUCGUGCUACCUUGUUGCUACCGGUGCGUCGUUUGGCGAGCAAAACUGCUCCUCGAUCGCUCGCCCAUCCCGACCGUUUUUCAGUGUCCUUCUCGGCUUGAGGGGUUUCGUCCGGCAGCGAACGUCCGACUCGCAACUCCUCUAUUUAUCACUUCUUUAGACGAACCUCCCCAGCCGCUUAGGUACCUCCUUCUGGGUACAACUUCGGAGUCAACGCAUUUUCUUGAAGCAAUACGGAAAUACAACUGUUGUUUCCAGAUGACGUCUUUUGGUGCGAAGGCUAUUAGUGAGGGGAGAUGGUUGCCUACUUUCAAAGUGCAAGCCCAGGUUUACCACUUAUUGAGAUCACUUUUGGCUGAUGAGGGAGAGCCACCUCAGUUCCUACAAAUUUACUUUCUCGCUGACUACAACGAUAAGGUUGAUGCACGUCUCGGCAUUCUGCCUAGCGCUAUUUCUGUCGGUCCCCGUAAAGACAUUCUGUUCCGUCUACAAGACAUGCUUCACAAAUCUAACACUUACAUCCGAAGCUUAAAGUCUGCGUUGCAAAACAACUCUUUGCCCUCUUUCAGCGUUGUCAUCGAUGCAGACAGAUGGCCUCACGGUGAGCAUGAGCGUCGCUUCAAUGCUCCUGCAUGUAAUGAAGUCGCCGCAGUCAUCCACGGUGAGAAGCAUAACAGCCGUGACAUUGUCAUAUGGUACCGGGGCGAUGUUCUGCACCGCAUCAGUGAAACCCACCGUUCGUACGACUGUCUCCAGUACCCACUUCUUUUGCAUACGGAAGGGAUGGGUACCACUUCAAAAUCCCAAUAUACCAGGCAAGCAGCGAUUCCAUGUCGACCUCAAAGACGGUCUCCUGUACGGCUUACUAUGCGUACACGCGUUGACGCUGUCCGCGCCUGCCUGAAGUCGUCUGCCCUUUGGCGCCCCGUGGAGACUCUUAAACUGAGCACGUGA